CCCAUAACCUCAGAUUGUCUUUUCUAGGUGCUGUUUAGGGAUAAGUGCGUGUUUGUGGCAGGCCAGAGGCUUUCUAACAGAGAUGGGGUUGAGAAAAGGUGAGGAAGAGAGGUGGUUAGGUACUGAUGAGAGCUCACAGGAAGUUAGGCCUGGUCGUUGAAGCCCACCAUACCACCCUGAAAUGAAGGCACUAAUAAUACCUGACACUUACAAAACUUUGAAUUAUGUUUACUCUCUGUUAGGUACUGUGGUGUUUGGCUUGUUUCUUUUUGAAGCAGGGAUUUACUAGCUCUGGGUGGCCUGGAACUUGCUAUAAACCAUGCUGGCCUCAAAUUCACAAGAGAUGUUCCUGCCUUUACUUCAUUCGAGUGUUGUGAUAAAAGUGUGCACACUACACCUGAUUAUUGUGGUCUUUUAAGUAGAUUUAUUAUCACACACACACAGACACACAGACACACACACACACCUUUCACCCAGUGAGGCAUGUUCUGUUACCCCAUCUUAGAGGUAAAAAUGAGAAGGCAGGUAUGUAAGGUCACAAAUAAUCUGGUGAUCCACAUCAAGUUCUUUAUAAACCUUGUGCCUUUGGAGUUGGGUAUGAGGUACGCCAGCUCCCAAAGAGGUUCUGGAAGUCUGUGACCCUACAUCCACCGCUUUCUUCUGCCUUGGACUUCCUGGAAUGUGCUGCAGAGACAGUGUGGGUGGAAGUGGUCACAGCCCUCAAGUUGCAGGCUCUGCUGAGAUGGGGCCCAGUUGGCUUCUCUGGACAGUGGCGGUAGCAGUGCUGCUUCUGACUCGGGCCCCUUCACUGGAAGCCUCUCGGUUCUGUGGCCACCUUGAGUACUGGAACCCCGACAAGAGGUGCUGCAGCAGCUGCCUGCAACGCUUCGGGCCUCCUGCGUGUCCUGAUUACGAGUUUACGGAAAACUGCGGGCUCAAUGACUUCGGUGAUACUGUAGCACAUCCUUUCAAAGAGUGUUCCCCUGGGUAUUGCAACCCCAAUGGCACAGAGCUGUGUAGCCAAUGUAGCAGCGGAGCCGCAGCCCCCACUCACAUGGAGAGCCCUGGUAGAACCCACAGACAGUGUAGAAAGAAGCCCAUUCCUCCCAAGGACGUCUGUCCUCUUAAACCUGAAGAAGCAGUCGUCUCUGGCUCACCUGGGAGGUGGAACCUUGGGCAGACAACCAAGAAUGAAGUCUCCAGCAGACCAGGUUUCCCACCCUCAGUGCUGCCCCUGGCAGUGUUGCCACUGUUCCUGGUGCUGCUUCUGAUAUUGGUAGUGGUCUUGCUCUCUGUGUUCAAGAGAAAAGUCUGUUCCAAUCCUUGUUCCAGCUUGGCUUUUGGAGACCCCAGAACCUCUGUACAUUGGCCCUGCCCAGGUACCCUGGAGGUAUUGGGAAGUAGAAACAGAGGGAGGACAUCUCUGCUGCAGCUCUCAGGCUGGGGUCAGUACAAGACAACCUGCCCAGAAGGGAGGGUGGCCUCAAAGCUUUUCCCCCUCCUCUCACUCCUCCCUGGCCUUCCAGAGCUUCAGGGUCUGGCCUCUAGGCCCCUAUCUCUCCUGCUGGAUGAGCUGGAAGUUCUGGAGGAGCUGAUUAUGCUACUGGACCCUGAGCCUGGGCCUAGUGGGAGCAUGGCUUAUGGUACCACACGACACCUGGCUGCAAGAUACGGGCUGCCUGCCACCUGGUCUACCUUUGCCUACUCACUGCGGCCCAAUCGUUCACCCCUGAGGGCCCUGAUCGAGAUGGUGGUAGCAAGGGAGCCAUCUGCUACUCUGGGCCAACUUGGCAUAUACCUGGCCCAGCUGGGUCGCACAGAUGCACUGCAGGUGCUGUCCAAACUUGGCUGAGGCGGGGUUUGCUGGGGCUUACUACUCCAUCAAUAAAAGUUUCCCUUGAAGCCAG